AUGUUGUUAUCCAAUGGUGUGGUAUCAUUCCAGAGUUUCAAACAAGAGCUUGGUGUUAUCAUUUUGGAUUCGAUCUACAUCCUGUCCAAUGCCAUUGUAAGAGUGGAAGCGGGAUCAAUUGUUGGAAUAGGACGUAUUGGAAACACAUUGAAUAACUCUGGUACACUUGGAGAAUCAUAUCAAUUCACCAAGAUUGACAUUGAUGGAGAUUGUCACCAACUACCAACAUCUACUCUUCGCAUCAUGAUUGACACUGAUGAUCAAUCGCUUGUGAAUGUGAGUGGCGAUGUAUAUCUUGAUGGCGCUCUGUCGAUUCGAUUGGGCUUGGGUGUGCCAGUGGGUCAAGAGAUAGUCUUCCUCAAAUAUGAAUCGAUAGUUGGUGACUUCCAAUCAGUGGACAUUCGUACAUUUGAUGAACUUGGUGAUGACAUGGAUGAAUCAACGUGCCAAUAUCAACUGAACAGAGGUGAGAAGUCAUACUCAAUACUCGUAACACAGUGUACUAGUCAAGUUGGAGCUGAUGGUGGUGGUGGUGGUGGUCAUGGUGGUCCAAGUAUGAUAAUAGUUCCAACUAAUGUUGUCAUUGGAUCAGUUGUUGGCGUUGCAUUCAUUGUACUAGGUGCUGGAACCAUCAUCUACUUCCGUCACAAGAUUCAACGUAACCUCAAGUACUACAUGGAACAGAGAAGAGCAUCAUCCUCCAAGCAUAUCGCAUUCACCUAA